GUGAAGCAAAGAGCAGCAGUCAGAAAGCUGAAGGUAGGUUCUGCACAAACAGUGCCAAAUGUGUCAGUGGCGUUACUGCAAUGUUUAAAGCAGGAGCACAGCAUCAAUUAUCACGACGAUUUAAAAAGAAGGAAAGGAGGAGGGGGCGGGCAGGGGAAGGGGAGAGCCUGGCUCCUCGCAGUUCCAUCCUUGUGGUGUUGUUCCCCAGGCUCUGCAUUGACGUCACAAUGACACGGUGAGGCUGAAGGCAGGAGCUGGGAACAGUUCUUCUGCUUCACUUCGGAGAGUUGAGCGAGUUUGCCACCACCACCUUCCCGCCAGCAUGGCCAAGAGUGCAGAAGUGAAGCUGGCGAUCUUCGGUCGAGCUGGCGUGGGCAAGUCAGCUCUCGUGGUGCGCUUCCUGACCAAGAGGUUCAUCUGGGAGUACGACCCAACGCUGGAGUCGACAUACCGUCACCAAGCUACCAUUGAUGAUGAAGUGGUUUCCAUGGAGAUACUAGACACAGCUGGCCAGGAGGAUGCCAUUCAGAAGGAAGGACACGUGCGGUGGGGCGAGGGCUUCGUGCUGGUGUACGACAUCACGGACAGAGGCAGCUUCGAGGAGAUGCUGCCGCUCAAGAACUUGCUGGAUGAGGUCAAGAAGCCCAAAAACGUCACCCUGAUCCUGGUGGGGAACAAAGCAGACCUGGAUCACUCCAGGCAAGUCAGCACAGAGGAGGGUGAAAAGCUGGCCACGGAACUCGCGUGCGCUUUCUACGAGUGCUCGGCCUGCACGGGCGAGGGGAACAUCGGGGAGGCGUUCUACGAGCUGUGCCGCGAGGUGCAGCGCCGCAAGAUGGUCCAGGGCAAGACCCGGAGGAGAAGCUCCACCACCCACGUCAAGCAGGCCAUCAAUAAGAUGCUUACCAAAAUCAGCAGCUAAAAGAGAGCUGUCCUGAGGCAGGGAAGCGUUUCAGAGCGGGGAUGGGGCAAGCAGAGAGCGUUUUAAUGAGAAACGGUCAAAUCUUCGCAACGAGGAGAAAAACCAAAAAGACAAACUUUUUUGAGUGACACGGAGUCAUACUGUUUUCCUGUUUUGAAAUGUAUUUAGCCACACUGCUUCUGAUUAAUGUGGGGAAAAAAAAAAAAAAACACCAAGAGAAAAAAUAAAACAAACACCAAAUGAACUCCAAAGGACUAGACAAAUUGUGGGGAUUGGCAACCAAGAGAGAAUCUUCUGCUUCUACGUGGCUAGCUCCAAUCCCCUGCAAGUCAGUAGUGCCUAAACAUCAUUUCCAGCCAGACAGCUGCUCAGUAGCCAUUGGAGAGUAAGAUUCAGCCCUCAGUCCAUCAACAGCCAUCACAAGUGGUGUUCUCCAGGACUGAAUAUGUGUAGAGGCUGCUGUGUUGAAUCAGAAAGUUCACCUGACACCUUCACCAGCUCUAAGUUGGCUCAUUGUAUGCUUUCACUCCUUCCUUGUUGUUUUUGUCAAAUCCAUAACUGUUGAUGUUCUUAGCAAGGUAUGCAAAAAAUAUAGGAAAGGUCUAUUACCUGGAGUGUUUAGCCAGCUAGACACACAUUUCAAGAGAGAUGAAGUUCAGCUGCUCUUCCAGCUCCUCUGAAACUGCAGAAUUCUCCAGAAAUAAUCAUCUAGUCCAGCAGCAUUUCAGAAUUUCCUCCUGAAAAUGUAGUACUGUGCUUGGGGAAAUGGAGUAUGGAAAUUCAAACUGAAAAAAAAGAGAACCAUAUUACUAAUGGUUGAGCUAUGGGUAGUUUUUAGCUUUUUGGGUUUUUUUUUCUUUUCUUUUUUUCAAUUCAAGUAGUUCCCCUUAGUCUAUUUUAUACCUAAAAAGAACUGAAUCCUUGGGAAGGCAAGUACUUAAAGUCUAAGCCCAAAUGUAAAUCAGCUCUGAAUGGCCUCUACCAUAUCAAAAGACCAUAAUUUUCAGCUGUUUAAGCUUCCAGAUGCUGCUUGGAGCACUCUGGGGCUUAAAGCAGUGCAGGUUUUUUGUGACUUUUAUUUGGCACAUUGAAGCAAAAAUGCAUUUUAUCAGAUUUUGAUGCCUGGGAUUCUCAUCAUUUCAUUUAAGCCAGCUGUCAAGUUUUGCCUCCUGUCCAGUUGGUUUGUUAACUGGUAAAAGAUGCAAGAAUCAAGACUGGGAGGUUUUCAUUCAGGUUGGGCUGGUCUCCCACCAGUGCUGUAGCAUCCCUUUAGGCAGCUCAGGCUGUCAACAGGCACAACCACAGCCAAAGGCUGGGAUGAUAAAUUAGCAGUAUUCUCCUUUGAGCAGCAGCCCCCUUGUACCACCUGCUUACAGCUUUAUUCUCCACUGCUUUGUACUUCAUGUGGUUAUUUGUGAGGAAGCAACCCCACAAGGCUAUCAAAUGCAAAUUGCCACAGAUGUAGGAAAGUGAGUAAAUCCAACUGGCUGGCACUUUGUGGAGUUAUACGUAGCCAUAUAGGUGGUGGAACAGGCUGAAGAGGCAGAUCUGUAUAUCCCAGUGAACACAGAAAAGUUCCAAAUUAGCACUUCUAUUAAAAGUAUCCACUUAAAGAUAUUUUACCAAAUAAAAUCUUUUUUCAGCUUUCACUUUUACCCAACCAGCAAAGAACAUCACAUUCAGGUGUGUAUCUUAUUUGGGCUGUUGUUUGUUUUCUCUGUUUUCUAGGUGGUAAAAACUCAUUUCACUGUGCUGGAAUCAAUGUCUGUGUUUUUGUCCUCACAUGUGUUCACAUUUGAUUCUGUGCAUCAGCUGGACACACUGCAAUGGAAACGUCACUGUGUGCUUCUGGGCAGGGGAUUCUUGCAGCAGGUCUCUGUGACACAUGUGUUGCCAAACUACUCAUCACAUCAUUAACUUUAAAAAAAAACACAUUAAAAAAAGAAAAGAGAAAUAGAGGUUCUGCCAUUUUUAGUCCUACUAGUAAUGUAGAAUCAAUCCAAGUGUAAAAGAGGGAGCUACUGCCUGCUCACAAACCAGAAUUCUUUAGCUGAGGGGCUGAACUUGUAAGCAAUUUACUUAGAUCAGGAGCCAGAGGGAGCAUUUGCAAGUUGAAGCACUAAGGUUCUGCUAUCUUUCACAUCAGUGCUGGUGCAUGUAUCUGAGGUAAACAAAAUCCUUACCUGCAGUCCCAUGGCAACGUAGCCAAGUCUUUACUUUGGUGUGCUAAGCAAUUGAUUCAUGCCUCUCAGGAAACUUCAACAGCUCUUUUAUCUGAAAAACCUUUCUUGGGGUUCAGACUGGAGCUGCAUUUAAAAUGCAAAAAGAUCAUAAAUUAAUGACAAGAGAAAAUAAUUAAUCAUAUUCAUACUAGAAGAGUUGAAAGGAAAGAGAGGCUGAGUUACAGCCCAGAUACUUUCCAAAAGAUUUCCAGCAAAUUGUAUCUUCUUUUAUAACGUCUGUGCGGACAAAUUAUAAAAUCCUUGUGAAAAUAAAAUGUUCCACUGUGCAAACAUCCCUUGUUACACAAAGAACCUGCAGUAAAAAUAGUAACAUUCCUUUGCAAAGACUGAAUCUGAAAACUGCCAAACAAGAUAAACACUUGGUCAAAAAGAAGGCUGAGUUUUGUGACCUUUCAUACAAAACAAACACCAACUUCUUUACCUAAUUGUUCAUUAACUUUUUUCCCUCAAAGCCAGUUCUACUAUGGUGUAUUAUAAUCUGUUGAUGUGCAUUGCAUAGUAUUAAAUGCAAUUUGAUUUACUGUUGCUCACAGUGUUGCAACAUAUUACUGGAUAUAAGUCUGUCAUAUUUCCACAAUGUGCAAAUUGAGCCCAAAAUUGCCCAAGCACUGAAAAGGCUGAGUGCAGCAUGAACCCACAUUCAGCAGCCUUUCUGCAGCAGACAUCAACAGAUUAAAUUCUCUUUCUCCUGCUGCUGUUUGAGUGUAUGUAUGUGACACAAACAUUAAAUUUCUCUCCUCUGCUCGCUGCCAUUUCUGCAGAGAAGAUGGGAAGGACAGUGAAAAAAAAAGGGGAGGAAAGGUGAAAGGGAUACUUGUUACCUGCAACAAGUUGAUUGUCACUUAAGAAGUUUUUUAAAUAUUUAUCUUCAAUUGAUGAAGAGUUAGUCAUGCCCGUGCUGCAAGACCUGGAUCAGGACCCAAAACUUCCCUAGAACUUUGAGAAUCUUCACAUCUGGGGGUUUGGUGCAACUACAGAUGGAAGUGAGGAUCAGCCACUGGGUUUGCACCUGGAUCCAGACAGGUUGUCCCCAACCUGGGGAUGGUUGGAUCUGGCAGUUUGCUACAAGGCUAGUUGAUUUUUAUAUAUAUAAUGAUCUGUAUGCAUUUUUACAUUAAAAAUAUGAAAGCUUGUGCUUGUAGAUA